AUGUCACGAUUCUCCCAUCUGGACACAGACGAAGAACGUCUGCCGCACGGCAUGCGCCGCGUAGGCUACGACGCCGACACCCAAAUCUACACCUACCAAGACGCAGACGGAAGCUACUGGGAAGGCGCGCCCGGCGCUCAAUACGGCCAACUCACCCAAGUCUCGGGCGCCUCGUCCACCGCCGCCGUGGGCGCCGAAGAAGCCGAGCCCUUUAUGCCGGGCGGCAGCGAGCUCAACCGACGACGGAACCCGUGGGACGACAGAAAAGGAUGGAGGCACGAGAUGAGGCCGCUUCUCAAUUUCUUCGUGCUGAUUGGGCUUUUCCUGCUCGUCUUGACGUGGUGGCUUUACCGUACGCCAUCGUCGUCUUCGGGCGGGGCGGAGGAGGAAGAGGUUGCGGUACCGCAGUGCGGUGGGCUGGCGGUGCCGUAUAAGAUUGAGAUCGGGAAUACGUGUUGGGCUAUUGCUGAGGGCCAGAAGAUGACGAUUGAGGAUUUGCUCAAGGCGAAUGAGGGUUUGGACUGCGAUAAGCUGAUGCCGGGGAGCUUUAUCUGCAUGCCUACCCUGGGCGGUGUUCUAUACAUCACCACCCUCUCUCAUCAUCAACACAAACCCAUCCCACACAAACACAUACACACACACAAAAUGGCCCCCCGUAUCUCUGCCGCAAAGUCCACAGAGACCCUCUGCUACGGCGUCGCCACCGUCGGCGCCUUCCUCCCCAUCUACCUCAUGCUUCCCGGCGCCGAGCAGCGCCUCGCCUCCCAGACGACAAAGUGGGCGCCCCGCUGGGAGCGCAACCUCUCCUACUUCACGCCCGCCGCCGAGAGGGGCAUCAAGCGCGUCGAGCCUCCCGUCUCCAACAUGGUCCGCCGCAUCGACAACAGGCUGCCCCUCGAGAGGAUGGCAAAGGGCCUGGACAAGAGGAUCAAGAACGGCAUUGACCGCUUCAACAACACCAAGUAG